UUCCUCCUGUUGUUGUUAGCCGACAAGGCUAGCUUCGUCAGCACAGCAUCUCCUGCAGAAAAACGGAGUCUUUUACAGGUUUCACCUUUGCAGCUGGGGUAUUUUAUCUUUUCUAACAUUGCGUAUUUCCUGUCGUCAUGGAUGAGGAAUAUUACAGCGGUGGAGGAGACUGGGAAGGCACGGAAGGGAACCUGGAGGAUGGUUACGGUGAAGGAGAAAGUGAUGGGACAGUCCAGGAAACCUGUCUGCAGAAAUUCUCCAGUAGGGAUUACAUCAUGGAGCCAGCGAUCUUCAACACUUUAAAAAUGUAUUUCCAAGCAGGUGGCUCUCCAGAACAUGUCAUCCAGCUUCUUUCUGAGAACUACUCUGCCGUGGCUCAAACAGUUAAUCUGUUAGCAGAGUGGCUCAUACAGAUGGGAGUAGAACCUGCUCAGGUGCAAGAACGAGUAGAAAACCACCUGAAGAGUCUCCUGAUAAAACACUUUGACCCACAGAAGGCAGAUUCCAUUUUCACCGUAGAGGGAGAGACGCCUGCGUGGCUCGAGCAGAUGAUUGCACAUACCACAUGGAGAGAUCUGUUCUAUAAACUGGCAGAAGCUCAUCCAGACUGUCUGAUGCUCAACUUCACUGUAAAGCUCAUUUCAGAUGCAGGAUAUCAGGGUGAGAUCACCAGCGUGUCGACAGCGUGUCAGCAGCUGGAGGUUUUUUCUCGGGUACUGCGGACGUCUCUGGCCACACUGCUGGACGGUGGAGAGGAGAACCUUGAGAAGAACCUGCCAGAAUUUGCUAAAAUGGUGUGUCACGGCGAGCACACAUACCUCUUCGCCCAGGCCAUGAUGUCCAUCCUCGCUCAGGAGGAACAGGGGGGCUCAGCUGUGCGAAGGAUUGGCCAGGAGGUGCAGAAAUCGGCACAUGAGAGAGGCCAUGAUGCCAGUCAGAUAACACUUGCACUCGGUACUGCAGCAGCCUACCCCCGAGCCUGUCAGGCACUCGGGGCCAUGUUGUCCAAAGGAGCCCUGAAUCCGGCCGAUAUCACAGUCCUGUUCAAAAUGUUCAGCAGCAUGGACCCUCCUCCGGUUGAGCUGAUCAGAGUACCGGCUUUCUUGGACCUGUUCAUGCAGUCGCUGUUUAAGCCUGGAUCCAAAAUUAACCAAGACCAUAAACACAAAUAUAUUCACAUCCUGGCUUAUGCUGCCAGUGUGGUCGAGACAUGGAAGAAGAACAAGCGAGUUAACAUCAAUAAAGAUGAGUUGAAGUCGACGUCUAAAGCCAUAGAAACUGUUCACAAUCUGUGCUGUAAUGAAAACAAAGGCGCUACAGAGCUGGUGGCUGAGCUUGGCACUUUGUAUCAGUGCAUCCGGUUCCCGGUCGUUGCCAUGGGGGUUUUAAAGUGGGUGGAUUGGACGGUGUCGGAGCCGCGGUACUUUCAGCUGCAGACGGACCACACUCCAGUCCAUUUAGCUCUGCUGGACGAAAUCUGUACAUGUCACCAGCUGCUGCACCCACAGGUCCUCCAGCUACUCAUUAAACUGUUUGAGACGGAGCAUUCUCAGCUGGACGUCAUGGAGCAGCUUGAGUUGAAGAAGACUCUGCUGGACAGGAUGGUUCAUCUGCUGAGCCGUGGCUACGUCCUGCCUGUGGUCGGUUACAUUCGCAAAUGUCUGGAGAAGCUCAACACAGAUAUCUCCCUCAUUAGAUAUUUUGUUACAGAGGUGCUGGAUGUGAUUGCUCCUCCAUACACGUCAGACUUUGUUCAACUCUUUUUGCCGAUUCUGGAGAACGACAGCAUCGCAGGAACAAUCCGCACAGAGGGAGAACACGAUCCUGUCGCAGAGUUCAUUGCUCACUGCAAGUCCAACUUCAUCAUGAUCAACUGACAUGAACACAAUGGUAUUGAAAAAUUUUACCUUGAAAACGGACAGUGACAGAAGAUCCAAAUUUCCUGUUAGGUAUUAAAGCACAUAGGUUGGAGAAAGACUGAUCAGUGUGAUCCCGUGCACAGGGAGUAACUUUGUAUUGAGGCAACAAAAGGAAUAUUUCACUGAGCUGGAGGAACCGAUGUGAAAUACAGCAGACAUGUGGGGUAGGCCUCUGAAGGUGCAGCUAAGGUUUUUUUUUUUACCUGUAUAUUUGAUUUUUUUUUUAUGUUGGUUUGAUUUGUUUUAAAAUAAAGUUAUGUUACUUG